AUGACUCAGCACACGAGCCAGCAAACGUCGCGUCGACGCCUUCUGAGCAAACGCUACGGCAUCAUCUUGUACAGCAGUGAAUCGAGCAUCGUGGGCAACAAGCUGCUGCUGGAACUGCUCCUCCCGCUGCCGCUGCACCUCGAGUUGGCCCUCAAAGUAACGCCGCAUCGCUCGCUUUGCGGCUCCCAUAUCCUUCUCUUCCUCUGUGCAGCCUUUACCACUAUCGCGGAUGAGGUUGCAAAUGAGGUGCACGCUGCGCUCGAGGUAUCGCAUCGCUUCCUCCUGCUUUGCCUGCGACGCCAACUGCAACUUCACCGACUCAGCGACCGUUACUCCUUCACCAUCAUCAUUAUCAAUUGA